AUAUGCUUAAUAUAUCUCAACUACAAGCCGGCAUAGAGAGAGAAGUAAGAAUGGCUCAAGCAGAUAACUCUAGGAAGGACAACAGAUGGAGUCUUCAAGGCAUGACUGCACUUGUUACUGGUGGAACCAAAGGAAUCGGGUAUGCUAUCAUAGAGGAAUUAGCUGGACUGAGAGCACGAAUACACACAUGCUCCCGGACUGAAGCUGACCUCAACAAAUGCUUACUUGACUGGGAAGCGAAGGGUUUCCAGGUUACUGGUUCGGUCUGUGAUGUAUCAUCGCAGGCCCAAAGAGAGAAGCUAAUAAACACUGUCUCCUCUGAAUUUGGAGGAAAACUCAACAUCCUGUGUCUCGACUCCGGAGCUAUGCUAAUGAGACGACAUUUGUGGUUGCUAUAA